AUACUAUCCUACUAAGUAGGGUAUGAGAUAUUAUAAAAAAAAAUCAUCACUCUGAGCCUUGCAGUCAAUAUGGAAGUUACUUACACCAAUGGAGACCAGUUAACAAUAACUGAUGAAAUGAAAGAUGCAUUUAAUAAAGAUGGGUAUCUGAUUGUAAGAAAGUUAUUUUGCAAUGAGGAACUUCAAAAAAUGAAGAAAAAUUACGAGGAUGGGGAGGACUAUCAUAAAAACAAGUUUAUGGUAAAAGACAAAGAAGGUAAUGAGAGUGCCCAGAUUACCUGGAAUUUUCCAGGAAAUGAUAUAUUUGGUAUGGCAGCUAGGUGUGAAAAACUCGCCGGCACAUGUCAACAGCUUUUAGGAGGGGAGGUUUACCAUUAUCAUUCUAAAUUUGUUGUCAAGGACCCAAAGACAGGGGGACAGAGGGCUUGGCACCAGGAUUAUGGAUAUUGGUACAAGAAUGGCUGCCUCUUUCCGGACAUGAUGACAGUUUUUGUUUCCAUAGAUACGGCUAAUAAAGAAAAUGGCUGCCUACAGGUUCUGGAAGGAUCUCACAGAGCAGGCCGGGUAGAGCAUGGACUGUAUGGAGGAGAGCAGGGGGCAGACGUUGAGAGAGUAGAGGAACUGAAAAAGUUUUGUCCUCUCAAAUAUGUUGAAAUGAACCCAGGGGAUGCUUUAUUUUUUCACUGUAACCUGCUGCACACCAGUGACAUAAACUCUAGUGAAAGCAGACGCCUUGGAUUUCUUCCAGCUUAUAACCGGAAGUCAAACGACCCUGUGAUUGACAGUCAUCACCCGAGAUACACACCACUUGACAUGGUACCAAACAAUGCUGUUCUAGAGUGUGAAAACUUUACAGAUUUGGGAGGUAAAGGUUUCCUGGACAUGGCUAACCUUAAAUCUAUAAAAGCUCAAGUGCAGUUCAAUAAAUAACAAUGCAUGUACAUGUACUUCACAGGGUGAAAGGUCAUAGUUCGAAACCUACCAGAUGUGUUUAAUAAAUAACAAUACUAGUGGGUGAAAGGUCAUAGUUUGUAUCCAUUUAGAUGACAUCUCAGUACAUGUACAUCAAUU